AUGUCUUUCAAAACUAAAAUGAAGGAAAAGCACGGAUCGAGACCUAUGGUUCAACACAAGCAGAACUCUCUGCCGUUGUUAAGACAUGAAGACGCCUCAGAGAAACACAAGGGAAGCAGUGAUCCCCACCGACUCAAAAGCAGCAUUACAAAACCUUUAAAUAUCAGUCAGGACCACAUCUACAGAGUUCAGGAGCCUGAGACUGACGUAUCGGAGGUGGAGAGAGAGAGGUGCGGCAAGAGGUGUCCCGUGGUGGGCCUGGAGACCAUCGAGCAGUAUAGAGCCUAUCUCCACCACACAGAGACUAACUGCUCGACUCUAGUACAGUUUGGGGGCUGGGUACCCGCUCCCGGUGACGGAGCCAAAUAUGUGUGUCUGGACAAGAGGUUCAACAUUAAGCCCGGCAACUGUACCGUCUUCUCCUUCGGUGUCAACAACGAGUGGUCCUUUGAGGACGAUUUUGCCAUAUACGGCUGCAAGGUGUACGCAUUCGACCCCACCAUGGGUAAGGAGGAUCACCAACGGUCCGCCAACGUUCGCUUCCAGGCCGUGGGCAUCGCUAACUACAAGGGUACAAUGAAGAUUGGUAUGGACUUCAGUUACGCUAUUCAAAAGGUGGACCGCUUCGAGAACUUGGUGAACCAGCUGGGACUCGCGGGUCAGGUGAUCGACUACGUGAAGCUAGACGUGGAGCUGUCGGAGGUGGACUUCCUGCAGGAUAUGCUCCUUAACUCUCCACACGUCCUCAGGAACAUCAAGCAGAUCGCUAUGGAAGUUCAUGAUGACUAUUUCGAAGGAGACCUGAGCCAGACGAGCAAACAGCAGGUGUUCUGGCCCUACUUCAUGCUGCUCAAGUGUCAAGACUUCCGACUGGUCCAUUCCCGAACUAAUCAUGGACGGUGGCGGGAGGUGGUGUGGGCCCGGUAGGUCGACUGGUAGGCCCCGUCCUCCAGCGAGAGGUGGUGUGGGCCCGGGAGGUCGACUGGUAGCCCCCGUCCUCCAGCGGGAGGUGGUGUGGGCCCGGGAGAUCGACUGGUAGGCCCCGUCCACCAGCGGGAGGUGGUGUGGGCCCGGGAGGUCGACUGGUAGCCCCCGUCCUCCAGCGGGAGGUGGUGUGGGCCCGGGAGAUCGACUGGUAGCCCCCGUCCUCCAGCGGGAGGUGGUGUGGACCCGGGAGGUCGACUGGUAGGCCCCGUCCACCAGCGAGAUGUGGUGUGGGCCCGGGAGGUCGACUGGUAGGCCCCGUCCACCAGCGAGAGGUGGUGUGGGCCCGGGAGAUCGACUGGUAGCCCCCGUCCUCCAGCGGGAGGUGGUGUGGGCCCGGGAGGUCAACUGGUAGCCCCCGUCCUCCAGCAGGAGGUGGUGUGGGCCCGUUAGGUCAACUGGUAGGCCCCGUCCUCCAGCAGGAGGUGGUGUGGGCCCGGUAGGUCAACUGGUAGCCCCCGUCCUCCAGCAGGAGGUGGUGUGGGCCCGGGAGGUCGACUGGUAGUCCCCGUCCUCCAGCGGGAGAUGGUGUGGGCCCGGGAGAUCGACUGGUAGCCCCCGUCCUCCAGCGGGAGGUGGUGUGGCCCCGAGAGGUCGACUGGUAGCCCCCGUUCUCCAGCGGGAGGUGGUGUGGGCCCGGGAGGUCGACUGGUAGCCUCCGUCCUCGAGCAGGUGGUGGUGUGGGCCCCGGGAGGUCGACUGGUAGCCCCCGUUCUCCAGCGGGAGGUGGUGUGGGCCUUGGAGAUCGACUGGUAGCCCCCGUCCUCCAGCGGGAGGUGGUGUGGCCCCGAGAGGUCGACUGGUAGCCCCCGUCCUCCAGCGGGAGGUGGUGUGGGCCCGGGAGGUCAACUGGUAGCCCCCGUCCUCCAGCAGGUGGUGGUGUGGGCCCGGUAGGUCCACUGGUAGCCCCCGUCCUCCAGCAGGAGGUGGUGUGGGCCCGGGAGGUCGACUGGUAGCCCCCGUCCUCGAGCAGGUGGUGGUGUGGGCCCGGGAGGUCGACUGGUAGCCCCCGUCCUCGAGCAGGUGGUGGUGUGGGCCCCGGGAGGUCGACUGGUAGCCCCCGUCCUCGAGCGGGUGGUGGUGUGGGCCCGGGAGGUCGACUGGUAGCCCCCGUCCUCGAGCCGGUGGUGGUGUGGGCCCCGGGAGGUCGACUGGUAGCCCCCGUCCUCGAGCAGGUGGUGGUGUGGGCCCGGGAGGUCGACUGGUAGCCCCCGUCCUCGAGCAGGUGGUGGUGUGGGCCCGGGAGGUCGACUGGUAGCCCCCGUCCUCGAGCAGGUGGUGGUGUGGGCCCCGGGAGGUCGACUGGUAGCCCCCGUCCUCGAGCAGGUGGUGGUGUGGGCCCGGGAGGUCGACUGAUAGCCCCCGUCCUCGAGCAGGUGGUGGUGUGGGCCCCGGGAGGUCGACUGGUAGCCCCCGUCCUCGAGCAGGUGGUGGUGUGGGCCCCGGGAGGUCGACUGGUAGCCCCCGUCCUCCAGCGGGAGGUGGUGUGGGCCCCGGGAGGUCGACUGGUAGCCUCCGUCCUCCAGCGGGAGGUGGUGUGGGCCCGGAAGCAACGUCACAGAAUUAUCUCUGGCAGUUCGGCUUGUAUUGGGAUCUAAAUGAAGUGUAAAGUGUGUGGACAAAGACAGGGACACACACACUCGAACACUAUAUCUUGGAUUGUAGUAAAAUUGAGUCAUUUAGAGAUAAAUCUAAGCUCACGCUGUUUGAUAUGGCAACCUCUCUUAUUACAAAGUUUAAAAUACCUGAAAUCUUUGCGCUGUAUCCAUAUUUCACUUCCAGUAGAUAAAUGACAUGUGAGAUUAAGAAACUCAGUAUUGUGAAGACUAAUAAUAAACAGCAGCUCCCCUAUGACUGUAAU